GGCUCUGACUGAAUCCGCACGAAGAAGAGCAAAGGAAAAGAAAACAAAAGUCCCCCUGGGUUUAUUUCACUCAUGGUCCUGUCAUGCCACCUAAAAAACGACAGAAUGAUUCCGAAACGGGUAAAAAGAAUAAGAAAGAGAAACGAGGUGAACUCGCCGCAAUUAACUCGGAUAUGAGAGAUCACGCUGUCCAGAAAGGCAUGACAGACGCAUGGCAGAGGAAAGAGAGCUACUCUAAUGGUAAUAUCCACCUGGAUUGUGAACCCUUCCCUCACUGUCAGAUCACUCAUUUCCUGCAGAGUGAGAGCUUUGUUGAAAGUCUGCAGGCAGAGCUACUGCAGCUGAAUUUCAACAGCAAGUCAAAUGACUUGUACAAGUUUCAACAGUCAGAUGAUCUGAGAGAGAGAAAAGAACAUCAUAUCUCACAAAUAAGGUCUGUGAUUUUUGGGGAGUUUCGUGUUUGGUUGUCGGAGGUGCUGCAGGUGGAUCUGGAGGCCACUGUUGAUAUAUCCUGUGCCAAGUACGAUCAUACGGAUGUUUUGCUGUGCCAUGAUGAUGAGCUGGAGGGACGAAGAGUUGCAUUUAUCCUUUAUCUGGUACCUCCCUGGGAGGUGAAAGAUGGAGGGACACUGGACCUGUUCAGCACUGAUGAACACUGUCAGCCAGUGAGUGUUGUCAAGUCUCUGCUUCCUUGCUGGAACUCUCUAGUGUUUUUUGAAGUGUCCCCGGUCUCCUUCCAUCAGGUGGCAGAGGUUCUUUCUGAGGAGAAGUGCCGUUUAUCUCUGAGUGGAUGGUUUCAUGGCCCCUCCCUACCAAGACCCUCGCGCUACAUUGAACCCCCAGUUCCCCGUCACACUCAUAUCCCCAGAGAUGAGAGUUUGCUAUUUGAGUGGGUGAAUGAGAUGUACCUGGAUCCACGCUAUCAGGCUCGGGUACAGCAGGAAUUUGAAGAGAAUUCAGAGAUUUGCUUGCCUAGUUUCUUACAGGAGGAGAAAUUGAGGCAGGUGCGCAGUGCACUGCAGUCGUCUGAAAUCCAGUGGGAGAGGAGGGGGCCACCCAAUAAGAGGUGUUAUGGUUGUGCAGAUAUGCAGAGCUUCCCAUCUUGUGUUCAAGAGUGCUGGGAACUCCUCUCCUCUGAGCCGUUCUUCAUCCUCUUAUCCAACCUUACCGGCCUCAGUCUACACUAUAUGUGCAUGAAUGAGGAUGAGAGCGAAGAUGGAAAGAGCGAGACAGAGAACAAAGAUGGAGAAGGAAAUACACAAGCAGGGGGUUCCAGUGCUGAUGCCGACGCUUCGUCAGCUGAGAAGAAAGAUAAAGGACCGCCUACAUGUGUAGGAGAACUGCGUCGCUGGGCACAUGGGGACUACACAUUGCUACAUGACUCUGUCAAAAGAGAGUAUGCAUUGGAUCUGCAGCUUCACAUGGGCUGUGCAGGGUGGAAGGCGGAGUUUGGGGGAUUUACAUCCUAUAUUGCACAUGAUGAAGAUGAGGAGCUCCUCACAGUGUAUCCUGAAGAUAACUCCCUCGCUCUGGUCUACAGAGACAAAGACACCCUCAAGUUCAUCAAGCAUAUCAAUAAUAACAGCUCCAGCCACCUUUCUUCCCAGAAUACCACAGCAUUCUAUGACUUCUCUUUUAACUACUAUGAAUGAUGAGAGAAAAUCGGAUGUUUGAUUGACUGAUUGUAUGUGAGAUUGUGAAAGAAAAGCGCAUUGGUCAUACAUUUCAGAUCAAUUUGAGUUUAAUAUACACAGAAAAAUACAUUUGAGAUUCAAGAGGCACAUUCAUUUUUGAAUGUGCAAGUAUUUCCAUCCCAACUACAAAAAAAAUCUGUGGUAAAUUUGAUGCUCAAAAUUAAAUGUAAUCAUUUAGUUGUUAAAAGAGCAACUGUGCUUUAAUGUUAAGUAAAUGUUUAAUAAUAAACAUUUGAAUAAU